AUGCUUAAACAAAUUUUAUGUCAAAUAUUUUCUAAUCAAUGUCAAUUAACUUUUCUUCAACUCGAUAUAGCAAAUUUAUCUUAUGAAAUUCAUCAAAGUUUAAAUUCACGUUCUUAUGUUUCAACAAACAAAAUUUCUAAUGAUUUUCAAACUUAUUCUAUAACUUUACGUCAUUUGCAUAUUCAUCUUAAUCACAUAUGUUUUCUUGAACAUCUCAUUGAAUAUGUACCCAAUCUUGAACAAUUAUCGAUUCAUUUUCUUAAUUCAUUACUUGAUAAGUAUUAUCUUGAUUCCAAAAUUAAUAUACCAAAACUAUCAAAUGAAAAUUGGUUCAAUAAAAUGCCAAAAUUAAAAUACUUUAUAUUAAAAAGUUUUAUUGAUAAUGAUUUUGAAUUUAUUUAUUUAAAAUGGCUUCUUAAUAAUUUAAAUUAUAUUACAAAAUUACAAAUUUAUUUAUAUAGUGGAUAUAUAUGGAAGGAAAAUCAAUUAAUAUGGAAAUCUGUUAUUGAUGCAAAUUUUAUUCGUCGAUAUUGUUUACCUGAUCAAAUAAUUAAUUUAAAAUAUUUUUAUUUUUAUAUAUGUGCUCAACGUCAAUCAUCAUUAAAUAAUAUUUCAGAAAUAAUUAAUUCUUUUAAAAUAAAUUCUUUUUUUAUUUUACAUCAAUGGACAAAUGUUCAAUGUUUUUAUGAUGAAAAUAGAUCAGAUCAACAUAUAUUCUCUUCUAAUCUUAAAAAAUUUCAACGUUCUAUUCUUUUAUUUAAAUAUCCAUAUAUAUAUGAAUGGUCUGAUAUUGAAUAUAUUCAAAAUAAUAUUCAUCCAUCAUUCUAUGUAUUUCUCAAACAAUUCAAUAAAUUAUGUCCUAAUACUUGUUCUAUGACAAUUGAUAUAGGAAGUUAUGAGGUUAAAUCAAAAAUUCUGGAAUCGUUGACAACAUCAUUUGAAAUGAGAGAACAAAAUUUAAAUAAUAGUCAACUUCGAAAUAUUACAAAACUUAAAUUUGGAUAUUUUUCUGGUCGUCGUAUUCGUCCUUAUCUAGAAUGGACAUAUAAAGAUAGACAACAUCUGAAAAUACUUACUCUUCUUAUUUCAAUACCUGUUCAACUUAAAUAUAUUUUUGUUCAAAAAUUUGAAUGGCUUUUCUAUGCUAUUGAAUUUAAUUCUUAUUACUUGAGAGAAGAUGCAUUAGAUACUGUUCGAUAUGCUGAAUUUGGUAUUUCAAGUUGUAAUAUUGGCCCAGAUAAUUCAGCUCAUAUUGGCAAAGAUCUUAUACCUUUUCUGAAUACUUAUAUGCCUUAUUUACAAACAUUACGUCUUUGGAGACCAGAUGAUUUUCCUUGGACAUCAAUUCGACCAAUCUGUGAAUCUGACAAAUUAUUUAGAAAGUUAAUGGCAAAAUGGAGACGAACUCUAUGUACACCUGAAUCUAUUAAUGAACAUGUUAUUGUUUUUGAAAAAGAUCUAUGUCAAUUAGUCGAACAAUUAAAAGAAUUUGUUUAUCUUGAUAUUUAUGGCAGAAUUGGUCCUGAAAAAGUUAAACUUUAUCAUUCAAUGGUUCAAAAACGUUUUCCAAAUAGUCGAAUUUAUAUUCAAAUAUCAAGAUUUUCACUUUGGAUUUAA